GAGAGUUGUUGGAAUGAUCCCUUGAUGGUCCUGUCCCAUACUUUUUUUUAUGGACUUGUAGUGCGGCUGCCUUGGGCCCUCUGCUAGAGGUGGACUUAAGAUGUAGAAUGACUCAAAAACCACAACAUCCAUGUUUGAAGCACUGUCAACCAUCACGGCUACAUAAGAGUCUGGACAGACAUGGAUGUGAACUGUCCUCUGUGCCUUACAAAUCCCAAGUGACGCCAGUUGUUCUGCAUCAACACAUUCUCCUGAUCUAUACGGUCUUCAUUAACCAGUGGAGGGUGAUGAGGUUGGUGGGGAGCCUGCAGCUUGUUCUGCUUUUGGCCUUGACCUCCAGAGCCACAGGCCUGGACAUCCCUCUGGAAGUGGAGCAGCCUCCAACCAUAAUAAACCACACAUCUGGUCCCAUCAUUGCCCUUCCUUUUGAUUACACCAUUACUAUCACGUGUGAAGCCAGGGGCAACCCACCACCAAAAUACAGAUGGACAAAAGAUGGCAAAGAUUUUAUCCCUCCCCACAUCAUAGACGGUACUCUUGUGCUUCACAACAAGCGCCAUGACCAGUAUCAGGGUAAAUACAGGUGCUACGCUUCUAACAAUCUGGGAACUGCCAUGACAGAGGAGAUUGAACUGAAAGUUCCUAGUGUCCCCAAGUUCCCGAAGGAGGUGAAUUUCCCCCUUGUUGUUAAGGAGGGAGAGCCAAUCACCCUUGAGUGUAAGCCUCCAGAAGGUGUGGCCCCACGUCAGAUCUACUGGAUGACUCUUGGUCUCCAACACAUUGAGCAGGAUGAGAGGGUUUCCAUGGGCAUUGAUGGCAACCUGUACUUCUCUAAUGCCUUACAGAAAGACAGUCGACUGGACUACUGUUGCUUUGCUGCCUUCUCCAGAAUACGCACCAUUGUCCAGAAAACCGCCAUGGCUGUCGUGGUCAAGAGCUUAAAACCUGACAAUGAAUCUGCUGAGAGCGGCAAUGCCACUGUAGCCCCCCCAGUGAGAAUACCUGGCCUGCUGCUGCCCUCUGGUGUUCAGACGGAGAAGGUGCUGUUGAAGGGACAGAAUCUGCAGCUUGAGUGCAUACCAGAGGGAUAUCCCACUCCGACAGUGAGUUGGAUGAAAAUGGGGGACAAGCUGCCUCCACGGAAAAUAUUGAAAAACUUCGGAAAGCUGCUGUUCAUAUCUUCUGUCGACGAGAUGGAUGAUGGGAAGUACAUGUGUAGAGCCCAGAACUCUGCUGGAGAGGCUGUCCACUACUUUGAUGUAAUAGUGGAAGAGCCGCCAAAGUGGCUGACAGAGCCUCCUCAGAGCCAGCUGACUGUGAUUGGGUCUGAUGUUCACAUCAAGUGCUCGGUCAGUGGAAAACCACCGCCAGACAUAACAUGGAGGAGGAAUGGAGAGUUUUUCAGAGAUGACCCAAAGAGCAACAGACGAGUGCUUGAUGACACUGUGGUGCUCCAUGAUGCCAGCCCAGAGGACAGUGCUGUCUAUCAGUGUGAAGCCUCCAACAGUCAUGGCAAAAUUCUGGCCAACAUUAACAUCAUGGUCAUGAAUAUGGCUCCUCAGAUUUUGACAAGGGACUAUGAAGAGUACAGUGUAGUAGUGGGAGGGAACAUCACCAUGAACUGCAGUGUUUUCAGCUCCCCACCCCCCACCAUCACCUGGGCCAGAGAUGAGACUCCAGAAACCAUGGAAGGGGAACGAUUUUUUUCUGUGGGUGGAUCUUUGCAAAUCAUCAAUGCAGAAAAAAACGACAGUGGGAAGUAUGUGUGUGUUGCCUCUAACGCAGAGGGCAAGUCAGCUGUCACUGCUGUGCUGGAUGUGAAAGACCCUACAAAAAUAGUAUUUCCACCUGAGGAUGUGCAGAUCAUCAGUGGGACCACAGCUCAGCUGAUGUGCCAGGCGGAGUAUGAUAAAAGCCUGCGAGGUACCUUUGAGAUUGUGUGGAGGAAGGAUGGUGAGGAGCUUCCACUUUCCUUUGAGGGAAAUUCCAGAUACUUUGCAGAUGAUGACAUGCUGCAGAUCAUGAACGUGAACCUGAGUGAUCAGGGAAUAUACACAUGCAUUGCUAGAACCAGCCUAGAUGAGGACAGUGCCACUGCUCUUCUAACCGUGCUGGAUGUUCCUGAUGCUCCAUUUAAAGUGAAGAUAUCAGAACUAAAGAGUCCGAGAAAUGUUUACCUGUCUUGGGUACCUGGAAGUGAUCACAACAGCUCUGUAACAGAAUUUAUAGUGGAGUACGAGGAGAGCCAAUGGGAGCCUGGCAGGUGGAAGGAGCUCCAGAAAGUCCCCGGUAACCAGGCAACAGCCGAGUUGGCACUACACGGACACCUUAACUACCAGUUCAGAGUGUAUGCUGUUAAUGCUGUUGGACCUGGACCCCCCAGUGAGCCCACUGAGAGAUACAAAACACCCCCUGCUGCUCCUGAUAGAAACCCCGAAAACAUCAAAAUUCAAGGCCAUCUUCCUCAUCAAAUGGACAUCAGCUGGGAGCCUCUGCUGCCUAUUGAACACAAUGGCCCAGGCCUCGAGUACAAGGUGAGCUACAGGAAACUGGGGGUGGAAGAUGUCUGGAAGGAGCAUCUGGUUAAAAGACACUCCUUUGUUGUGAGGAACACGUCCACUUUCAUACCCUACGAGAUCAAAAUACAGAGCAGAAACAGCCACGGCUGGGGACCGGAUCCUAAAGUCGUUACUGGGUACUCUGGAGAAGAUGUCCCGACUGCAGCACCACGGGACAUAGCAGUGGAGGUGAUCAACGCCACUGUUCUGAGAGUUAGCUGGACGCCGGCUCCACCUGCCACAGUGAGAGGUCAUCUCGGGGGCUACGAUGUUCAGUGGUUAAGGAAACGAAGUUUGCUGAAUCCCAACAAGAUUUUAGAUGAGCGCCAGUCCCUGUCUUUUCCUGGGAAGAGGACACACGCCUUCGUGCCAGGCCUUGAGCCUUUCUCUGAGUACAGACUCACCGUCAAUGUUUUCAACAAGAAGGGGAAUGGACCCAACAGUGACCCAGUCACCUUCAACACUCCAGAGGGAGUUCCUGUGCAAGUGCCCAUCCUAACUGCCUCUAAUGCCCAGAAAGACUCCAUUUUGCUGGUGUGGGGGCCACCGCUGCAGGCAAACGGCAUCCUCACUGGUUAUCUGCUGCAGUACCACCUCAUUAAUGAGACCACACUGGAGGUGGUUGAUUCCCAGGAGAAGAACAUCACUGGAGCUGACACCACCCAGUGGCAGCUUCAGGGCUUAGAGGAAGGCAGCCUCUACCGCUUCCACCUCAGUGCCUGCACUCAAGCAGGUUGUGGACCUCCGCUUGCCCUGGAGAGUAGCACUGUUGUCACAGCACUUCCAGCGCUGUUGAACAUAAGCUCUUAUGUGAGUGACACCUUUGCCAAAAUCAGCUGGACUGCCAGAGAGGAGCAGCAGGACUCGGAGCUUUAUGUGGCUUAUAUGAAUAACCGUGAUGGUAACUGGUGGAUUUCAGAGGCUGUAAAUGCUUCUCAAAGUUUCCACGUAAUUGAUGGGCUCAAACCUGGGACAGUGUACACCGUACGCCUCAUGGCCAAGAGGCUGCUCGAUAACGCUAGCAUUUAUGAAGAUGUUAUCCAGACUCGAGUCAAAGGUGCGGAGGGUCAGCGGAGUGACUUUUCCACUCAGGGCUGGUUCAUUGGGACCAUGUGUGCCGUGGCACUCCUCACCCUGGUCGUGCUCAUGGCCUGCUUUGUGCGGAGAAACAAAGGUGGCAAGUAUGCAGGUACGCCACCGCCAACCCAGCGACAAGACAUGUUCUCCAUGGAAAAAGUGAAAGAGAAGGAGGACCUCCACCCCGAUGUAGAGUCACAAGGAAUGAAUGAUGACACGUUCUGUGAAUACAGUGACAGCGAAGAGAAGCCACUGAAGGGCAGUAGCUUGUGUUCCCGGAAUGGCGAUGACAUGUUGGGGGACAGCGUCAGCAGAGACAGCUUGGUUGACUACGCCGACGGUGGAGGAGAAUUCAAUGAGGACGGCUCAUUUAUCGGAGAAUAUUCCGGGCGCAGGCACCGAGGCUCUGUUAGCGAGCCCAGUGGACCCAGACCAGUCACUGCAUAAAGCUAGGCUCCAGUUGAAACGGUCUACUUCAAAUCCUUUCAAGAUACUCUUUAAAUUCAGCUAUCCUGGCAUUAAAUAUAGCUCGAAUAGCCAAAUAUGGGGGAAUAAAAUGACUCAAAUGUGCAGAAGUGUUGCCCAGGGACCGGAGAGAAAAGAAUAAACCCACCAUACACACAUUCAAAUCAUAUGAUACUUUGUACAUACUGUAAGAGAAUGAUAUGUAUCAUUUGAGUUUUUCAAGAUUUUAAUUAUGAUAAUAAAGUGUUUUUUGUACCUAUCAGCCAAAA